AACGCUGGAAAAGGUCAUUGAAGGAGUUCGCUGCAUAAAAAAAAAAAUAAUCUUAAAAAAGAGUGUCGGGCAUGCGCACAGAGAGGAUGCCAUAUUGGAAUGAGACUGUAGUGGGAGCGGGAGGACGAGAGCCGGCGUGCGAGAGAGAAGGCAGCGGGCGGGGAGCGAGCGAGCGAGAGCGCGGGCGAGGGAGAGCGAGCGAGCUAGCAAGCCCGGCCGCCCUCCACGGCGGCGCCCAGGGCGCGGGGCCUUCUUCCACCGCGAAGGGUAGAAAAACUUCACCAGGUAACUCUUUAUGCAGGAUGAAUUAAGAGAAAAGGAUACUGACUAAUUAGGAAUGGAGAGCAGUUUGUCAGUUUCCAAUAUGCAAGACCCUUCAUCUUCACCCUUGGAAAAGCAUCACAGCUCAGCCAAUGGUAAUGGAGAUCUUGAUUCAGAAGGUUCAAGCUUGGAGGAAAUCGGCUUUAAUUGGGGAGAAUAUUUGGAAGAAACAGGUGCAAGUGCGGCUCCUCACACGUCUUUCAAACAUGUUGAAAUCAGCAUUCAGAGCAACUUCCAGCCAGGAAUGAAAUUGGAAGUCGCCAAUAAGAACAACCCAGACACUUACUGGGUGGCUACCAUCAUCACAACCUGUGGGCAGCUGCUGCUUCUGCGCUACUGUGGUUAUGGGGAGGAUCGUAGGGCUGACUUCUGGUGUGAUGUGGUGAUAGCAGAUCUCCACCCGGUGGGGUGGUGCACACAGAACAACAAGGUGUUGAUGCCACCGGAUGCAAUCAAAGAGAAGUACACAGACUGGACAGAAUUUCUCAUACGUGAUUUGACUGGUUCACGGACAGCACCCGCCAACUUACUGGAAGGUCCUCUGCGAGGGAAAGGCCCUAUAGACCUCAUUACAGUUGAUUCCUUAAUAGAACUUCAGGAUUCUCAGAACCCUUUUCAGUACUGGAUAGUUAGUGUGAUUGAAAAUGUUGGAGGAAGAUUACGACUUCGCUAUGUGGGAUUGGAGGACACUGAAUCCUAUGACCAGUGGUUGUUUUACUUGGAUUACAGACUUCGACCAGUUGGUUGGUGUCAAGAGAAUAAACACAGAAUGGACCCACCCUCAGAAAUCUAUUCUUUGAAGAUGGCAUCUGAAUGGAAACAUGCUCUGGAAAAAUCCCUUAUUGAUGCUGCAAAGUCUCCUCUUCCAAUGGAGGUAUUCAAGGAUCAUGCAGAUUUGCGAAGCCAUUUCUUUACAGUUGGUAUGAAGCUAGAAACAGUGAAUAUGAGUGAGCCCUUUCAUAUCUGUCCUGCAUCAGUGACUAAGGUUUUUAACAAUCAUUUUUUUCAAGUGACUAUUGAUGAUCUGAGACCAGAACCUAGUAAACUCUCAAUGCUGUGCCAUGUGGAUUCCUUGGGGAUUUUACCAGUACAAUGGUGCCUUAAAAAUGGAGUAAAUCUCACACCUCCCAAAGGUUACUCUGGCCAGGACUUCGACUGGGCAGAUUACCACAAGCAGCAUGGGGCAGAAGCAGCACCUUCCUUCUGCUUCAGAAAUACAUCAUUCAGUCGGGGUUUCACAAAGAACAUGAAACUUGAAGCUGUAAACCCCAGGAAUCCAGGAGAACUCUGCGUGGCCUCGGUCGUCAGUGUGAAGGGGAGGUUAAUGUGGCUUCACCUGGAAGGUUUGCAGACUCCUGUUCCAGAGUUCAUUGUUGAUGUAGAGUCUAUGGAUAUCUUCCCUGUGGGCUGGUGUGAAGCAAAUUCUUAUCCCUUGACUACACCACACAAAACAGUUUCACAAAAGAAGAGAAAGAUUGCAGUUGUGCAGCCAGAAAAACAAUUGCCCUCCACAGUGCCUGUUGAGAAAAUACCUCAUGACCUUUGUUCAUUCCCUCAGCCUGACACUACAGGUACUGUCAACGGGAAGUACUGCUGUCCUCAGCUUUUCAUCAACCACAGGUGUUUCUCAGGCCCUUACCUAAACAAAGGAAGAAUUGCAGAGCUACCUCAGUCGGUGGGACCAGGCAAAUGUGUGCUGGUUCUUAAAGAGGUUCUUAGCAUGAUAAUCAAUGCAGCUUACAAGCCUGGAAGGGUUUUAAGAGAAUUACAGCUGGUGGAAGACCCACACUGGAACUUCCAGGAAGAGACACUGAAGGCAAAGUACAGGGGCAAAACUUACAGGGCAGUGGUCAAGAUUGUACGAACAUCUGACCAAGUAGCAGAUUUCUGCAGACGAGUUUGUGCCAAGCUAGAAUGCUGUCCAAAUUUGUUUAGUCCUGUACUGGUUUCUGAAAACUGCCCAGAGAACUGCUCCAUUCAUACCAAAACCAAAUACACCUAUUAUUAUGGAAAGAGAAAGAAGAUCAUUAAGCCCCCAAUUGGUGAAAACAGCAUUGAAAGCGUGCACCCUAAACCAGCCAGGCGUAGGAAACGAAGAAAAUCCAUUUUUGUGCAGAAGAAACGGAGAUCUUCUACUGUAGACUUCACGACAGGGUCAGGGGAGGAAAGUGAAGAAGAGGACCCAGAUGUCAUGGAAGAUGAUACAGGGAGUGAGGAAACCGGCUCAGAGCUCCGGGAUGACCAGACAGACACCUCCUCCGUGGAGGUUCCCUCUGCCCGGCCCAGGAGGGCGGUCACCCUGAGGAGCAGCUCAGAGCCAGAGCGACGCCCUCCGGUGGAAAGAACGCGGAGGGGCAGAAAAGCACAAACUCCCUCCUGUGUGGAGGAAGAUAAGUGCACAACAGCCAAACAAGAAGGAACAGAGGAAAUCAAACAAGAGGAGGAGGAGAGACUUGUUCUGGAGAGCAACCCAUUAGAGUGGACGGUGACUGAUGUGGUCAGGUUUAUUAAACUGACAGACUGUGCCCCCUUGGCCAAAAUAUUUCAGGAACAGGACAUUGAUGGUCAGGCACUCCUACUGCUGACUCUUCCUACAGUGCAGGAGUGCAUGGAGCUGAAGUUGGGGCCUGCCAUCAAGUUGUGCCAUCAGAUCGAGAGAGUGAAAGUGGCUUUCUACGCCCAGUAUGCCAACUGACCCCAACCUCUCAGGAGUUGGCCUAUGACCUUUGUGGUGCAGUAUUUUGUGAGAGUUUUCGGGACUGUAACUUUUAUUUUUCCGGGAUAUGUGAAAUGGUAUCACCGAAAAGCAAGAAGACUGAGACCUCCUUCAUCCACCAGCCUGUUUGAUAUUUCCAUGUUUUUAAAGCACACCGAAGUACUAUAGCAGUAGCUUCUGGAGAUUUUAAAUUCAAGUUCUGUGUCGGACCCUGCCGGAAUAUGGAGGAGCUUAUAUGUAUAUCCACAUCUUAGCUUUACCCUACCCAAACCAGGCAGCUUCCUCUAAACAAGCUUUCCUCAACCAAGGGCCACAUUCCUUUGAAAACUAAGGCAGAGUUGGUGUCUUUUUGAAUGUGACCAAGGAGGAUACCUUGCUGGUAGUUUUUGCCGUAACCAUUCUCAGGCACAUUUACAGACGCUUCUUUCAUAUUGAUACCUAUGUGACUGGUUUAGUGACCUGUGCCGUCACUGCAGUUUGAGCCUUGGUGAUAACUCAUUUCUCAAACACACUAUAAUUGAUGUUUCAGAAUGUAGUUAUAAAAAGAUGAACUAAACCUCCAUCUUCUGUCAGGGGUGCUGUUUAGUAAGGAUGGGGAGAGAAGAAAGGCCAGCAUCUCAUUACAUUGAGACUAUUUCUCUUGAGUGAUUUAAGUCUAGAAAGUCUGUAGAGACAAGUCCUAUUUGCAGGCUUGAAUCAAACCUCAGCUAUCUCUUGUAUUUUAAUUUAAUUAUUACCAUAUCGGGGAGUAACUCCUUUAGUCUCCUGAGAAAUACUGAAUGAUAUACUGAAGGAAAAGCUUAAUAUCAGCAAGAAUGUGAAGAGAUUUGAGGAAAGCUUUUCAUAAACUGGUGCAUCCCCCUAGAAGGAUCACUGCAGCAGGUCACCACAAGGGAUACCCUUUUAGCACUGCUUCUGUUCAGCUUUCGCACGCCACCUAUAUGCUAGGCUAAUAAGGCAUGUGUUCUUGGCACGAUGUGUCAUAACGAGCACUGAACCUGGAGUCAGCCCUGUUCUGAUCCUUGCUUUGCUCAGGGCUAACUCUGUGACCUUGGGGAAUUCAGUCUUCUCUGGGCUUUAAUUUCUGUAAAAUGACAGGUUUUUGAACACUUAGGAGUGUAGCAGUGAAUCCAUGUCUCCCCUUGACUCCGUCCUGCUCAUCCUAUAAGGGGAGAGUCCAGAUUGGCCAAAUGAGAAAAUGAAAAAGGAGAGUGUUGUAACAGCUGUCACUGUAGUUCCUGAAGCUCCCUCUGGCUUUGAGGUUACUUCUGAAAUGUCUUGGGCCAUGUUCAUUAAGCCAGUUAAGUCAUUUGCAGAGAGAUGUACGGCUCUGAGAUUGGCUGGUCUUUUGGCCAAGCACUCCAUCUGUGUAUUGCCAUGAGUGAUUCAAUAUAUUCAUUCAAAUGCAGAUGCUUCCUAAUAGACUACUAUCAUCUGUUGUGAUGGUGGUUGCCUAAAAAAAAAAAAA